AUGAGCAGGCCAGGAGAUUGGAACUGCAGGUCAUGCCAGCACCUCAACUUCCAGAGGCGUGACUCAUGCCAACGCUGUGGAGAUUCCAAGUCCGGCGUGGACUUUGGGGGGUUUGGUGGAAGAGGAGGAGGAGGAUCUUCAUUCGGCUUCAUGAGUACCGGCUCAGAUGUUAGGCCUGGCGACUGGUACUGCGCUGCUGCCAACUGUGGGGCGCACAAUUUUGCCAGCCGCUCCAGCUGCUUCAAAUGUGGUGCUUUCAAGGAUGACUCUGCCGCUGGUGGAGGCGGAGGCGGCUUUGACUCUGACAUGCCACGCUCUCGGGGUUUCGGGUUAGGACUUGGUGGCGGUGCUGGCGGCGGUGCCCGACCUGGAUGGAAAUCUGGAGAUUGGAUUUGUACCAGGUUGGGUUGCAACGAACACAACUUUGCUAGCAGAAUGGAAUGUUUUAGAUGCAAUGCCCCAAGAGACUCAUACUAG